AUAUAGAUGCAAUGAGUAAUAAUACUCCUCUGUCCAAGACUCAUAAAACCAAGUGUAGUCAUACAAAGUUACAUCUAAGUUCUGCUGCACACCCCGAUCAUCUCUUCCCUCUCCCCCAUCUCACACCACCCCAAAUGGAGAACAGUGAGAUGGAGCUCCUCUUUCUCUCUUUCCUCCUCCUCUUAACCCUCUUCCUUUCCAUUUCUCUUCGUCUCAUGCCUGCUCAACACCCACAACGACGAGGACGACGACUCAAGCCCAUGCAGAUCGGCGAAGGCUCGAAGAAGAGAACUCCUCAACGAAUGAAUUCUUCGGUCCUUAACUCCGUACCAGUCUCAAAUGAGAGUGCCAAUAUCAUUAUCAAUUCUCUCAAAACUGGUUUCCGACACCUCGUCCAAAAGCUCUUUCCAUUUUAUCUCCGGCCUUGGACGCGCCGAGAAUCGACCCGCAUGGGUGGACUUUCUCUUCCAUGGUUUCUCAAACCCCAAAUAUUGCAGAACUUGGAAGCAAGUUGCAACCUCAAGGAACAAGUCACCGUGUUGGCAGACAGUGAUGAGAGACAUGACCGCCUUAUCGUAGCGACUGACCUGUUUCCAAACGAUCAAAAAUAUGAAAAUCACGGCAUUAAGCAUUUUUUAACGAGAUUUACUGACCCCUUUCAAGAUCUCUUAUCUGGGUUUUCGUCGAUGGAGAUGAAAUUGUCCGUUCGCUCGCAAGAUCUGUCAUUGCAUGAGCUUACUCUCGGUUCAAAGAUUCAUCAUUCUGCGGGGUCGUAAAAUCUUGAAAGGAGCAGACAAGGUCAUUGAGGUUGCCAUAACCCAGGGAGGAGGGAAGAUGAUUAUUCAGUCGGAGGAGACAUUGCGGAUGAUGAGUUGCCGGUGGAAUAAUAUUCCGAACGGGGUGUCGACAGUCAUGUCAUCUUCGCCGAAGGCCAUAGCAAUAUUCAUCAUCACCCGAGACGAUAGAUUCUCCGAUCCCGAAAGCCGAGAGAGAAACAAGAAUGCAUCAAAGACACUUCUUUAUGUGGACAGUUCAGACACAAACGUGAUCGUGAACAUGAAGGUUUUUGUCUGUCGUCCAGCAAGAAAUGGCCUCGACAAGAUUGCCCAUUCAACUCUCUCUCGUCCCACGGCGGAUUUACUCAGUUGCCACACAUCUAAACAUGAUUAGGCCACGCUCAAUUUGGUAGCGUUAUGUCCUUAUCAUGUCGUAUCAGUAAUUAAUCAGUAGCCACGCCAAACUGUUGGGGAAGAAGAGAAGUUCUGGUUUAUUCUUCUUCGUUCCUUCUUUAUUUGGGCGUGAAAAGACUUUGUAUUGUCGAUGCUUGUACUCCAACUUCAAGGACAAGAGGGCCAGGAGGGAGGAGGAGGACACUUUAACAUGUGACCUACGUCUUAAAAAUAACGUCUAUUGUUGCGAACUUUGGCUACUA